AGAGAGAUUGUUCGUCAUACGUUUGCCUCUGAGUAUCCGAAAACUAACAGAAAAUUUAUACCCCUCUCUCUCUCUCUCUCUCUCUCUCUCUCUCUGGGCUUCUCUCAAUUUCAAUUUCACAUAAACAACACAACACUAACACAUCCUCUCUCACACAAACAAAACCCUAUUUCCUAUUUUUCUCGUACUCUCUCUCUCUUUCUCUAUGUAUCUGCUUCUUCUAUUAUUCCAUUUUGCUCUUUGCUCAUUCUCCUACACCAACAACUAACUCCUCCUCCUCUUUAUUCUUCUUCCGCUUUGCAUUCCGCGAUACGGCUUGGCGGUUAUUCGAACGCCAACGUUUCGCUGUCAUCAUCAAUCACUGCCUCGCCUCUAGGGUUAUUCAAACGCCGACGUUUAGCCUCUGUAACCCUAGUUUCUGGAGGAGCUUUUUUACACCCGUCAAUCGCGUGCGUAUCUUCUAGGGUUUUCGAUUUUUUAAUAACUAUUUUCUUGGCGUUCCCGGCUGAGUUUAUCGUUGCCCUUUACGGCUUUGGUUCGAUUUUUUCAAUCGGGUUUUUUUUUUUUUUUUUUUUUUUUUUAAAUUCUGAUGGAGAGAUGAGACAUCUGUGAGUGUUUUAUAGUGGUCUGCAAAUCCAUCUUUUGGUUGAAGAUGGAGGCGUAGUGUGGAGAGGCUCUUUCUGUGCAACAUUGUCUUGUGUUUCUAAGUCACGGGGUUGUUAUUACAGGAAACAGUGUCUGUUUACUGGGUUUUUGAAGGACUCAUUAAUCUGAGCGUUUUAUUUUUUUAUAAGGUUACGGGCCUUGAAUCUGUCUAGAGUAACAACAGCAGGUUGUGUGGUUGGAAAGGUUGGAUUUUUUUCAAAGGGGUUGUAAAUUAACUGGGGAUAAUCUUGCUCUUAACUGCUGGAGGAUACUGAAUUGUGGAUUGAUCGAAUUUCAUAGUGAAAGUACUGGUAUUUCCAUUUGGAACAGCUCUGUGCAUAGGCAGGUUGUUCUUGAUUAGUUUUGGUACAAAGGAGAAAGAUGAGUGGUGCGAGUUAGAGCUAGUGGUUUUGCAUACAAGUAAAAUAGUGGUACUUGAGGGUGUUGAGGUGGUGAAGUGGUACUCUUGCUUUUCUUUUUAAUUCUGAUCAUGUUCACUGUUAAUUAUGGAAAGAAGUGAACCUGCUUUAGUUCCAGAAUGGUUGAGAAGUGCUGGAAAUGUUGCUGGGGCUGGCAGUUCAGCCCAACAUUUUGCAUCCCCAUCUACUCACACAGAUUCUCCCUCUGUAGCCCAUCACACAAGGAAUAGAUCUUCUAGGAACACUAGUGAUUUUGAUAGCUCUCGUCCUGCAUUUCUUGAUCGGAUAUCCUCCUCAAAUUCUCGGAGGAGUUCUAUCAAUGGUUCUGCUAAGCAUGCCUACAGUAGUUUUAACAGAAGUCAUCGUGACAAGGACCGUGACAGAGACAAAGAUAGAUCCAAUUUUGGAGACCACUGGGAUCGUGAUAGUUCUGAUCCAUUGGCAAACCUCUUUUCUGGAAGGAUAGAGAGGGAUACAUUGCGGCGUUCUCAUUCGAUGGCUUCCAGGAAACAGAGUGAGAUUCUACCCCGUAGAGCUGCUGUUGAUGCAAAAUCUUCUGGCAGCAUCUAUCAGAAUAAUGGCAAUGGCAUACUUUCUGGGGGUAAUGUUGGUAGUAGCAUUCAGAAAGCUGUCUUUGAUAAGGAUUUUCCAUCACUUGGGGCUGAAGAGAAGCAGGGAAUCACUGAAAUAGGGAGGGUUCCAUCUCCUGGUUUGGGUGCUACUGCCAGUCAAAGUCUACCUGUUGGUAGUUCAGCUUUGAUUGGUGGGGAGGGAUGGACAUCUGCCUUAGCAGAGGUACCAACUAUAAUGGGAAGCAGUAGUACUGGAUCUCUAUCGGUGCAACAAGCUGUUACUACAACUUCUGGGUCUGUAAUGUCAAGCGCAACAGCUGGUCUUAAUAUGGCUGAGGCUUUGACACAGACUCCAUCUCGAGCUCGUUCUACUCCCCAGGUGUCGGUCAAAACCCAAAGGCGUGAGGAACUGGCUAUCAAGCAGUCAAAACAAUUGAUUCCAGUAACACCAUCAAUGCCUAAGGCUUUGUUUUCUUGGCAGGUUCUUAAUUCUUCUGAGAAAUCAAAGCCCAAAUCAACUUUCAGAAAUGCUGAGAUAAGUGUAGUUACCAAGAGUGUGCCACAGCAGCCCUCUGCAUUGCACAUUGCUAGUCAGUCUGUUCGCAGUGUAAAUGCCAAAGUUGAUGCUCCAAAGACAUCUGGAAAAUUUACUGAUCUCAAAUCAGUAGUGUGGGAAAAUGGUGGUUCCCCAACCUCCAAGGAUGUUGCAAAUCCAACUAAUUAUUCUAACAGCAAACCGGGAAGUCAACAUGCUGUUCCUUCAGCAUCUGCUUCUACACCUUUGAGGAACCCCAAUAACCUAAAAUCCCCCACAGAGCGGAAGCCAGCUUCCUUGGAUCUGAAAUUAGGUUCCGCUUUGGAUAAGAAGCAUUCCUUUUCUCAAGCCCAGAGCCGGAAUGAUUUCUUUAAUCUCAUUAAGAAGAAAACGUUGAUGAGCUCCUCUACAGUUCUUCCAGAUUCUGGCCCGAUGGUUUCAUCUCCCUCAAUGGAGAAUUCUGAUGAAGCAAAUAGGGAAGUAGUUAGCCCUUCUGUUAGUUCUCAAUCUCUUGGAAAUGGUGCUGAACUGACUAGCAAUGGCAAUGCCAAUGACCAUGAAGAGGGAGUUCACAGACUUUCUGAUGGUGAAGAGAAAGAUUCAAUUACCAGUGCAACUAUAUAUCCAGAUGAGGAAGAAGCUGCAUUCCUUCGCUCUCUUGGCUGGGAGGAGAAUUCAGAUGAGGAUGAAGGCCUUACAGAAGAGGAGAUCAAUGCCUUCUAUCAGGAGUGCAAGAAAUUGGGCCCCACUACAUUCAAGCUAUGCCAGGGCAUGCAGCCAAAGCUGUCUAAGUUGUUUGAAUCUUAUGCAUCUAAUUUGCGGGGAGCUCCUGCUGAAUUAAGCUCUUCUGAUCCUGGAUCUGAAGCUUGAUGUGCUUCUUUUUUUAAUCAUAGGUAGAUCCAAAUUCCAAUUUUUGAUGGCAGAUGGCUAGUUCCAUUCCUUUUGUUCUGAAAGAAGGCCAAUGAUUUUGGAGUGUAAGAAGUAGGUAGGUUUUGAUCCAAUCCUGCAUGCAAAUAUUGCAAUAAGUUACAGGUGCCUCAAUCCUGCCUGCUUAACAGGGGAAUUUUUUUCCUUUUUUUUUAUUGGUUUUUGGUUAAAAGUUAUAGGGUUGGUAGGGUAGGGGCUAUUUUGUCUGCUGCGGAAGGUGCUGGGCAAUUGCUUCUUUUGGGGUUAUUUUGAUCCGUUUCUUUUCUUCAAGAGGGUUUGAUUCUACAUGAUAAAGUUUAUGAUGUUUUUGGUCAAUUUUACCAAAAAAGAGAAAUUAAAAGUUUACUUUUAAUUUUAGAGCAUGUUGAUAUGAUUAUUCUUGGAGGUCUAUGUAUUUUUUUUGGGAAUUUCCCGGCUCACAUUCUGCUACUGGUUCUCGUAGAACUGUCCAAAAAUUACGUGAAUGAUCUCGAGAUACAGAAUAGAAAUUCACUAUCUUUAAUUAUUUUCUUUCGAGUAUUCCCUUUAUAUUUAAUUCU